CUUGCACCAUAUAUUUAUGCAGCUAUCGAUAGCCUUUCGCUUUUGUUGCAGAUAGUAAUUGAAUUCCUAGCUUAAAAAAUGUCCGCCUCAAUCACAACCAAAAGCACUCUGAUCUCUACAAUUAUCUCUGGCAUACUGAGCUUUGUUAUUUUUGCAACGCUGCGUUUCUAUGCCCAAUGGUUUAAUGAUUCCCAACUAAAUAUUUUGUUUGGCGGCUAUCUGUUUUCUUGGUUGUUUAUAUUAAGCCUCACAUGUUUAUCAAAUGCUGAAAUGCUGAUCUUCGGGCCUGAUUUUCAAGCCAAACUUGUGCCGGAGAUUUUAUUAUGUUUAUCGUUAACAGCGGCUGCUGCGGGCGUUGUUCAUCGCGUUUGUGCAACAACCAGUAUUCUAUUCUCCCUGGUGGGAUUGUAUUUUCUUAAUCGAAUCUCUUCCAACUACUACAACAGUGUGGUGGUGCCCGUGGAUGUCCCUAUGCGGAAAAGCGCAAAAAAGUAUAAAUAAUAAAACAUAAAUGUGUGUGUUAUAUAUAACAUG